GUGGUAUCGUGAAGAGAGUGCACUUAUUGACGUGUGUUAAUGCAGAGAGAGAGAGAGAGUCUAUAUGGUUUAAGGAAACAUCCCUUCAUCAUAUGUUCAAGCUGCUGAACUCAAUUACACAUAAGUCAUAGCAGACAAUACAGUACACAAAGAGUACUAGAAAAGAAACCAGUGUUGUUUGUGGGACACCACACUUUCUGUUUCAAUUUGAAACUUGACAUGCAUAGAUUCUGGUAAGCUUUGAAUCGUAGUGGAUAACAAUGAAGCACUCAUGGCCAUGGGGGAGUUCUGAAUCUGGUGUGCAACAAUCCUCUAUGUCAGAAAAUCUAACUUUGAAUAUGAGUGUUUUGCAACAAGAAUGCCACAAGUCUAAACCACUAGUUUUUCAAUUUCAAGACCAAGAUUCUUCUUCUACUCAAUCAACUGGCCAAUCUUAUCUGGAAGUUGGUUCGGGACAAUCCGGUCCAAUUUCUGUCCAGUAUAACAAUUCCUCUACUUGUUCAACACUUAGCGAAACCGGUGGAAAGAGUACGGAAGGUAUCAUCUUGUCAUCUGCAGGGAGUCGGGAUUUUACUUUGCCUUCUUCUCAACUGGAUCACAACCAAUCACUUUUUGCCUUUCAGGCUCCUGUUGCAUUCCCUCAUGUUGAGACAUACUCUAACGGCCUACUAGCAGCUCCAUAUGGAUCACGGAAUAAUGUUAAUCAUGCUCAGCUAGCAGGAAUGCCUCCCGUUCGGAUUCCUUUGCCUCUUAAUCUUUGUGAGGAACCAAUAUAUGUGAACGCAAAGCAGUACCAUGCUAUUUUGAGACGUAGACAGUAUCGUGCAAAGCUCGAAGCACAGAACAAACUCGUCAAAAAUCGGAAACCAUAUCUACAUGAGUCGCGCCAUCUGCAUGCAUUGAAGAGAGCUAGAGGCUCUGGCGGGCGUUUUCUAAAUACCAAUAAGCUCCAAGACCAUGGCUUUAAUGUUUCCACCACCACUCGGGUGAAUCCGAGUGGAAAUGUGCCGGAAUCAAGGGUACAUCAAGUAGAAAAGUAUAGAGAUGGUGCUUCCACAACCACUUGUUCUGACGUCACAUGUGCUUCUAAUAGUGACGACAUGUUCCAACAACAUGAAUCCGACUUCAGAUCAUGUGGUUACCCUUCUCAUAUGCAGGAUUUAUCAGCCGAUGCCCGUGGUGGUGGUGGUGGUGGUGGGAAUCAACACCGACUAUCUGUCCUUAUGUGACAGACAUGUUUGGAACAUUCUAGCAAUUAAUUAUUUUUCUCCAUUCACUUGGAGAAGUGUAAUGGUUGUUAUGUUCCAUUGGGAAGUCAUCCUUGGCUCAUUUUAAAUUAUGUGUAGUGUUGCUUCUUAAUUAUUCAAGAAUAAGGAUAGGAAGAUCUUUGGUUGAUAUCAUGCUUUGGAUAAAAAUGUUUGGCUAAAGAAACACUUAUAAGAAUUAAACUAAGUUGUCAUCAAACUAUAUUUUUGUCUACGACUGCCAAAUGGCUUGUUGAAAAUCAAA